AGCUGCGGUAGGUUUGUCCUACAUCCACCAACGUAUGACCUAUUGACGGGAAGGCGGCCAGCUACUGGACCCAACGAGGGACCUGUUGCUUGAUAGCUUUCUGUUGUUGCUGUUGUUAUCCUGCAAGUGUCUUUCGUCUAGCUUUGUUCCAGGCUUGUCACUGUAGUUUUUCAGAGGCGGCUGGCGGCCCGCGGCGUGGUGUGUUCUCCAUCAAUACUAUCAACAGGCUUAUCAUGGCUUCCAAUCCCACCGUGUUGAUGCGGCUGGUAGCCUCAGCAUAUUCUAUCGCUCAGAAGGCAGGAACCAUAGUCAGACGUGUUAUUGCUGAAGGAGACCUGGGUAUCGUGGAGAAGACCUGUGCAACAGACCUGCAGACCAAAGCUGACCGAUUGGCACAAAUGAGCAUAUGCUCUUCACUGGCACGGAAAUUCCCCAAACUGACAAUCAUAGGGGAAGAGGAUCUGCCUUUUGAAGAAGUGGACCAAGAGCUCAUUGAAGAUGGUCAAUGGGAGGAGAUACUGCAGCAGCCGUGCCCAUCCCAGUACAGCGCUAUUAAAGAAGAAGAUCUUGUGGUCUGGGUUGAUCCUCUGGAUGGUACCAAGGAAUACACUGAAGGUCUUCUUGACAACGUGACAGUCCUUAUUGGAAUUGCUUAUGAAGGAAAAGCCAUAGCAGGAGUUAUUAACCAGCCAUAUUACAAUUACCAGAACAAUGAAAAGCAGAAGUUAAGGGAACACAGGAAUGAAACAAAGGCAGGACCCGAUGCUGUGUUGGGGAGGACAAUCUGGGGAGUUUUAGGUUUAGGUGCCUUUGGGUUUCAGCUGAAAGAGGUGCCUGCUGGGAAACACAUCAUCACAACGACCCGCUCCCAUAACAACAAGUUGGUGACUGACUGUGUCACCGCCAUGAACCCUGAUGACGUGCUGCGAGUGGGAGGAGCAGGAAAUAAGAUAAUUCAGCUGAUUGAAGGCAAAGCCUCUGCAUAUGUAUUUGCGAGUCCUGGAUGUAAGAAGUGGGAUACUUGUGCUCCGGAAGUCAUUUUACAUGCUGUGGGAGGCAAGUUAACCGAUAUCCAUGGAAAUGCCCUUCAGUAUAACAAGGAGGUGAAGCACAUGAACUCCGCAGGCGUCCUCGCCACGUUGCGCAAUUACGACUACUAUGCAAGUCGAGUUCCAGAGUCUGUGAAAAAUGCACUUGUUCCUUAAAGGAAAAUUUCAUUUACUUAGCUAGGAGGAGGACACUUGAUUCUAUACACUUCAAAGCGAAUCGGAUGGAAUUAUUAGAGUUCCACUUUGACUUUAUUCAUUGUUGAUUGGUGAUUUAUAUUUAGUUCCUUAGGUGUACAAAAAGAAAUUAAAGAACUUCUUGGUUACUUAAUCACCCAGGCCAGUCGUGAGAUCAGAAAGAUGUAUAAAGUAAGUGUGUGACAGUUCUUUUCCUCCUUGUACUUGGAGGAAUGAAAGGAAGGUUUAGUUUCAACUCGCUAUUCUGGUUGGUUGUUUAAUGAACAUUCCUGUUAUUUGUGGGCAAGAUUUCUUCAGGGCACAGAAUCAGAAGUUGUUACCUGAAUCUCAUUCUUGUUUUUCACCAUAACUUUAAGUUUUCCUUUCCUGCAGUUAUGCAUAUACUGAAAUGUCAUGUAUGUUGAUGAAACAGAUUUAUAGGAAAAAGCUUCUUUGUUAUAAAUUAUUUAAUUCUAGCUCUUUAUGUUCUUUACCACCUUUUAAAACUUUUAAGCAGUAUUUGAAA